AUGCAUUCUCUGAGUCUUAAAGUUUUCCCUGAUUUUAACGGUAAGGUGACAGGGACGAGGUGUAUGCUGUCGGGUCGAGGUAGAUAUGGCGUCUCAGAAUUGGAUUUCAGGACGAGAAGGUUUGUUUAUGGAGGCGGAGAUUCGAAUUGGAGGGGUUGUAGGAUUACGGCGAGUUCUUCGGAUAGGGAUGCCAAUGGUGGAGGAAGAAGUCGGAGUUCGAGCUCGAGUUCGAGUACCGAGUCUAGCUCAUUUCUUUCUCGGAGCCAAACUUAUGCUCUGUUGAAGCAGCAAAUGGAAGUGGCGGCAAAAUCUGAGGUCAAGGUUCGGGACUAUGAAGAGGCUGCGAGGAUUCGCGACUUGUUGAAGUUAUUCGAAGAAGAGGAGCCAGUUUUGCGACUAAGAAGGUUGAUUAUGGAGGCAGUUGCAGAUGAAAGGUUCGAGGAUGCAGCUAACUAUCGCGAUGAGCUGAGAGAAAUUGCGCCCCACUCUCUUUUGAAAUGCUCAAGUGAUGCAACAACCUUGGGAAUCAGGGUUCAAUUAAGGUGUGUGUAUAUUGAGGGCCGGAGUCAGCCUUCAAAGGGUCGCUAUUUCUUUGCAUGCAGAAUACGAAUUACCAAUAACUCAGAACACCCUAUCCAACUUCUUAGAAGACAUUGGAUUAUAACCGAUGCCCAUGGAAAAACUGAGAAUGUCUGGGGGAUAUGUGUUAUUGGUGAACCGCCAUCCAUUGUCAAAGCUGCUGCCAUUCGUGGGUGUUGUUUCUGA